AUGGGAUUUUCUAGGAGGAUUGGUGCAGCGAAUAGCUUCAUUGCUGAGCUGUGGGGGUUGCGGGAUGGUUUACAAUUAUGCUGCUGUAGAAAGUUGGAUUCUUUAGAAGUAGAGAUUGAUGCUAAAGCUAUUCUUGAUGCUCUUCUUAAUCUUGAUUAUGUAAAUCAUAUUGUGUCGCCCUUGUUGGAUGAUUGUAGGAUGUUGGCCACUCGGUUUCGCCGUAUCUGUUUCAAGCACUGUUAUUGUGAGGCGAAUUGUUGUGCUGACAAGCUUGCUGGGCUUGGAGCAAAUCAGUCUUUAGAUUUUAUUGUUUUCCAAAGUACGCCUGUGGACAUUUUAACUUUCCUUGAGGAAGAUGCUAGUGGGAUGUAUCGUUCCAGGCCUUGCACUGUGAACUCUGUUUUUUAG